AUGGAUUGGUGGUUGCGGGGACGGAUUAUCUACACCUACUCGUUAUGGGUCGUGUUCAAGGCAGCAGCGGUGGGCGGUAUUUUCGAUUCCAUGGUGGGGGAGAUGGUCGUCGAGGCUGGGAAGAACGUGACGCUGAAUUGUCCCGGUGUGACGGAGAACUCUCUCAUACUGAUGCUCGAAUGGCGGGUUAACAGUAUGCAGUUGCUCGAGUACAGCAGCAACACCACGAUAGUGUGGAACCAUCAGAACAGGGUUUCGUUGUCGUUGAAGAACUACUCGCUCCAGUUUCAUCCGGUCACCGCGCAGGACACCGGCGAGUACACUUGCUUGGUGAACAGUCGCAGCAUGCCGGAAGCUGUCAUCAGUCUCAUAGUUCACGAUGUGCCUGAUCCACCGGACCGCCCUCUCAUAUCCAACUUCACCUCGAGAUCCGUGCGUCUAUCCUGGGUGGCGAGUCGUAAUUCUCAUAACAACCCGAUCUUGUACUACGUCAUCGAAACUCAGACCGGGGUAGGCGGAGCAUGGAACGCAACGGAGGAAAUCGUAACGCCGAACAACGAUACAACUUACAACAUCGAGAAUUUGCAGCCGUUCACCGUCUACAGUUUUCGCGUGUCAGCGGUGAACGCCAUGGGAAGGAGCAAGCCAAGCGAAGAGACCUUUCACUCCGUCACUCUUCGAGAAUUGCCAUCAGGAAAACCUAUAAUUACCAGCGCUCAUAAUACAUCUGCCACAUCUAUAUAUUUGGCGUGGAAAGCGCCCAGCCCUGACACAAUUCAUGGCGAAUUCCUUGGGUAUCGAAUCGGGUAUAAACCUCGAGACAAACCCUAUAUGGAAGAAAAAGAAGUAUAUAUACGCAAUCCAGCCAUUGACAAUCAUACAAUCCGCAAUCUGCAGACGUACACCCAAUACCUGGUGUCAUUACAGGUUUUCAACCCGGAAGGACAUGGUCCUGCAACCACCAUCUCUGUAAUGACCGACGAAGGAGUGCCAACGAAACCGUUAAACCUAUCGUCUCACGGCAUCACCUCCACCACCAUCGAGUUGUCCUGGGCCGAGCCCGACUACGCCAAUGGGAUCAUUUCCGGUUAUCGUAUUUACUACAUGCAUUCCAAUUACACCGACGUCCAAAUGUACAGAACGGACGAGUACGACGGGCCAAUUAUCGAAUUCGUUUUAAAGGAAUUGGAACCGUACACCGAGUACGAGAUAUGGGUAAAAGCUUACACGUGGAAGAACGAGGGCGAGCCUUCGGAGCACAUCAUUCGUCGGACAGAUAUUUCAGGGCCGAGCGCUCCGUUGAUCUUGAACGUCACUUGUCCUACCCACGACUCCGUCUACAUCCAAUGGGCCAGGCCGAACAUCUUUUGGGGCUCGAUCGACUACUUCUUCAUCAAUUAUCGGAUCGAGAAUGACAAUCGUUACGAAGAGAUCGAAGUGAUGACGGAGAAGAAUCAUCUCGAGAGCGCGAUGAUCAUACCCAACCUGACGAUGAACAGCGUAUACGAGAUCGUGGUACGCGGAGGCACGCGGAGCGCUAUCGACAAUCGGCUGAUUAUACGCGGAGAAGGCUCUGCUCCACAGAAGGUGCGCGGCAUUCGCGAUUGCAACAGAGCACCACCGUUAUUGCCACAUACCACCAUAUGGUUCAGCAGCGGAGUGAUCGCCGGGAUGAUCUGCGCUUGUCUCGCGGUGAUGCUGAUGAUCACCUCCUUCGUAUUAUGGAAGCCUUGCCUGAGGCCAAUUUUCAGGAAAUGCUUCCACACCGCGUACUACUUCCUCGAUUAUCCACCUCGCAACGUGCCCACGCUUCAGGAAUGGGAGAACAGCGAACAGGACGGCGAGCGUACCGCGGUCGCCAUUCAGAAGUUCGUGCAACACGUCGCGAGUCUGCACGCGGACGGGGACAUCGGAUUCAGCAAGGAAUACGAGUUCAUUCAAUCGGAGAGCGGCAAAUUCACAGCGGAGAAUUCCCAAUACGUGGAGAACAAAGCGAAGAACCGAUACUUGAACAUAUUAGCCUAUGAUCACACGCGAGUUCAGUUAUUGUCGUGCGGCGGAGGACCGCCGAAGAAGGGUCACGAUUACGUGAACGCGAAUUACAUAGAUGGUUGGCAGCGUACUCGCGCGUACAUCGGUACGCAGGGUCCGUUGCCACCGACUUUCGAUGGAUUUUGGCGGAUGGUGUGGGAGCAGAGAGUAUCGAUCAUCGUUAUGAUUACGAAUCUCGUCGAACGUGGUCGCAAAAAAUGUGAUAUGUACUGGCCUAAGAAGGGGUCUGAGACGUACGGGUGUAUUCAAGUGACGCUACUGAGGGAGGACGUUAUGGCUACGUAUACCAUUCGUACUCUUCAAAUUCGUCACAUGAAGGUGAAGAAAAGGAAGAAUGGAGUUAACAUGGGAGAACGUAUAAUUUGGCAAUAUCAUUACACUGGAUGGCCUGAUCACGGGGUACCUGAACAUCCGUUACCUGUUUUAAGCUUCAUCCGAAAAUCUUCCAACGCUAAUCCUUCGGAUGCCGGGCCUAUCGUUGUUCAUUGCAGCGCUGGCGUUGGCCGCACGGGUACCUACAUUGUUAUCGAUGCCAUGCUGAAGCAGGCUAAGUGCAAGAACGAAGUGAACGUGUUUGGAUUUCUAAAGCACAUUCGUACGCAGAGAAACUUCUUGGUUCAGACCGAGGAACAAUAUGUGUUCAUUCAUCACGCUUUGCAAGAGGCUAUUGAAAGCGGUGAAACCAAUAUCGAGGAAAACAAUCUAUUAGAAUAUGUGCAAGACAUGUUGAGUCCCAACAACACCAAUACAGAUGCGUGGAACAACCUUGAAGCUCAGUACAAGCUGGUGACUUCGUGGAAACCGAAAGAAUUCAACCUCGUGUCCGCGAUUAAACCGUGCAAUCUUCAUAAAAAUCGCAAUCAAGACGUAAUUUCGAUCGAAACGGCUCGCGUUCACUUGACGCCGAAGCCCGGGAUCGAUGGGAGCGAUUACAUCAACGCUACGUGGAUUGCUGGCUUCCAUCGCAAUCGUGAGUUCAUCAUCACCCAACACCCAAUGGAAAAUACAAUAAUGGAAUUCUGGCAGAUGAUGUGGGAUUACAACGCGCAAACUGUAGUUAUGUUAACCGAAUGCGACGAGGAGUAUCCCGAAUUUUGGCCUACCGAGGGAAAAGAUUUAGAGUCGGAGACUUUUCGCGUGCGAUCGUGCGGGAUCAAGGAAACCGCGAGCGGAAUGAUACUGCGCGAAGUGGCGGUCCGAUCUCUGCAAGACGAUUACGAGUUGAGUGCCAAAAUCGUGCAAGGGCCGCGAUCCCAGCCAGGCUUCUGGCCGCACAACGCCAACCCGCGACCCCUCGUAACCUUGAUCCACGAUUUACAUCGGGAUUACCAGAACGGCCCUAUCGUCGUAAUGGAUAGGUUCGGUGGUGUCGAGGCUGCAAUCUUCAUUUUACUCACGACAUUGAACAAGCAACUGGAGUUCGAGAAGAGUGCCGAUAUUUAUAUGUUCGCGAAAUUGUUGUACAUGAAGCGACCCGGAGUGUUUCGGUCAAAGGAGGAUUACGCGUUGCUGUACCAAUGUCUGGAAACUAUGCUGUCGUCGAAGGCUCACGACGAGCCGGAUCUGUACUCGAUGGCGAACGGCCACGUGUCGACGAUAACGGAUCCGGCGGACGUGGCCACCUCGUCGAUGCAACACAUGCAGAUGGACUAUUCCCCGAAAUCGACGAUGAUCAGGGAAUACGCGACGGUGGAAGUGAACUCUAUGUCCGACUAUUCUAUCCCGAUUCGUGUGGACCACUCGAUGGAACCGUGCAGUAGCAGAAGCAGCGAUAGCUGUAUGUUCACGCAUACGGGGAACGAGCACGAGAAAAACAUCGUGAUGACCCAUCGGAACGUAAGCUAUCACAAUCAUCCGGGCAGUGUCUCAGUUAUUGUUGACGCGAACGGUUACGUGACGAACGGCAGCAUGCGUAUGAGACCAGAGGGUAUGGAGUCGAGCUGUAAGAUGUUACCUCAAUGAUGCCUGCCGAUCUUCGGUUGCAGUGUUUCCUCGAACCGGUCUGAGCCGCUGUAACCGAUCGAGCUCCUCACUGCCCGAAGUGUAAUCCUGAUUCUGCCACAGCGCAAGGAGUUCCAAAUUGGACACGUCUUCGCACAAACGGAAUAACGGCUAUUCGAUCGUGGGAUCAGCCUAAAGAGGAUUCUCUCUCAGUUAUAUUGUAAAUAAUAGAUCGUUAGAUAUACGCGCGUGUACGCGUACGCUCUCGAGGAUGUCGGACGUCGGCGAGGGUGCGCGUACACGUGAAUAAUAAAAAGAAAUAACGCGAAACGAGGGUUCCCGUUUCUCGGUGACGUUGGGUGCCAAAAACCAUUUUGUUAACGCACGCCAUCACAUGGGCAUCCUCGUUUAACUUCGUUCAUCAAGCGUGAGUGUACACUUCUCUCGUUUCUUCUUUUUUGUAUGUACAUACACCGAUACACACAUACACACACAUACCGUUCGCUCGCAUACGCGCACACUUACAUAAUCACUUACUCGCACUUACGCGCGUACACGCGACACUUCACCGGCGACCAUGCAUCGUGCAAAUACGCGAUGUAUAUUUAAAUUUACACGCGUAAUAUGCGUACUAAUAUGCAAGUUGGAUCAUUCGACCACUUCUUUACCAAAGAAUCGUUUAUACUCGUUUAUUCUCGUUUCGUUUUAAGUCCUUUCCUAAAGCGAUUUUGUCGCUUUAGCCGAGCAAGAUCGAGCGAUCGAACGCGGAACAGUCGUGCACGUUUUUUUUUUAUUGUCAUCGUCAAUUUGUGAAUUUGUGAACGCGAUUAGAGAAUACGUAGCGUCGAAUUUCGUUGACGCGUUCCUAUAUUGAUUGCCCUUUCACCCCUCUGUCUCUUUUCAUCGCAGCGAAUAUGCAAUGUCACAAGGAAUUGAGGAUCAAAAAAAAAAAAAAAAAAAAAAUGUUGUAAACGUAAACGCGUCGUCGUGCCUCCAUUCGAUUCGAUUUUCUCGAGGUUUAAAUAUUCAGCGGGAAGCAAGGAAAAACGUUUAGAGAAAAAGAUGAAAAGAAAGAAAGAAAGAAAGAAAGUAAAAGUAUCGAAACAAUUAUACGAGAAUCGUGCGAAGUGCGAUGCGAUCAAAGUCGUUCAGACAUUUGCGAGCAUUUAUUAUAUACGAUUAAUCAUGAUCGAUGAGAAUGGUAAUAAACCGUGAUGAAUCGUGGCUGUUAAAUUAACUCGAUGAAAAAUAGUUAACAGCUAGCGAGCGUGAAAUCUGUUUUUACGUACGUUUCGUGUCUGCGCGCGAGAGAGAAAGAGAGAAUGAAAAUGAGAGAGAGAGAGAGAGAGAGAAAGAGAGACGAGCAAACGUGAUCUAUCUAUCUAUCUAUCUUCCCUUCUAAUUAAUUAAUGUCGUAAUCCACUUUCUAACGUGUAACAUUCGAAUUAAACGAAACGUGAAAGAUGUAUCGCAACAAAGAUAAAGUGUAAAUUAGAAUUUUCUUCGUCGCGCGUGAAAUUUCGUUGCCCUGUGCAAUUUUUUUCGAUUUGUCCGAUUCGGAGCGUCGAAAAUCUAUGGUUAUUCGAGACGGUAUUUCUCAUAAUUAACUUCGAGAUUAAUUUCCAAUCCUCAAAAAUCCUCGCUCCGGUGAUAUCGGAGAUAACCUAAAUCGGUAUAUCAACGACGAUUCAGCAAUUUUUAUACGAUUAAUGCUGUUCAAAAUCAUGUGAUCCAGUGAGACUUUUUUUUUAUUGUGAUAUAAAAGAAAAAAAGAAAAGAAAAAAAAAGAAAGAAAAAAUGAAAAAGAGAGAGAAAAAAAACAGAAAAACACAAAAAUUGAAUACUUUGUUGUACCCGAGUAUAUUAUUCUGACCACGAGUUCCUUUGCCGCGCGAUCAUUUUUCUAUCGAAUCUACCAUCCGUAAGACUGUUUUCUCACCUAAAAUUCUUAUAUAGUCUUGUACCGUACAAUUAAGACAACGUUACGUGAUACGGAAACGAAAACUGCCUGUGACACCUUCGAUCCAUCUACUGUGCGUGUUUUUCUACCGUCUUAUAUAUAUAUAUAUAUAUAUCGUGACUAAUCGUUGACGAACAAUCAUCAAUCGUCCUUCGUUUUUACCUUUUACUGCUGAUUAAUAAAUCGACGACGUGGAAGAUUAUUAACAAAAAGGAGGAAAAAAGAAGAAAAAAAACGUAAGGAAAAAAUUGAAAAAAAGAAAAAAAAGAGAGAGAGAGAAGAAGAAAUAAUAUAUAUAUGUGUGUGUGUGUGUGCAUGUACAUAUAUGUAAUCGUGUCCAUUUUGAUAAGACGUAUGUAACGUAUGUAAUCCGGGACUGAACGAUCUUUUUAAAUUCGUCAUCGAUUUUUUUAAUAACUCGAUGUCAAUAUAACCUAUUUAACUACGUAAAAGCUUGCUUCUUCCUUCGGUCCGAAUCGACGCGAUGAAAAACGAGGAACCAAAUGUCUUCUUUUUUUUACCGGCGAAAUCAUUUUAUCGUCACUUAUCGAUUAUUUUAUUAAAAUUAUUCGACGACAUUUAUUCUUCAUCGAAAAAAAUUUAAUCGCGCAACACGAUCGAAACAAAAUUGAUUCAAGGAUCCCGAAGGAAGAUUAAAAUAAAAAUUAAGAUUUAAGUAUAGUUCGCGUGUCGGAAAGAUAGGAGAUAAUAAAUAUUAGAAAUAUUGAAAUCUAAAUUCGGCGAAUUGUAUUUUUUUUUUCUUUUUUUUUUUUCUAACUUUCGGACACGUUUCGAAGCGAAGCUAAGAAAAAUAAUUAACGAAAACGUAAUUAAGCAAAGAGAAGAGAGAGGGGUAUAAGAACAGUAAAAGAGAGAAAACGAUUGUACGACUACACGACGUUCGAUUUCCCGAUCUUUCGCUUUUCUUCUUUUCUUCCAUCACCGCGAAUAUUUUUUUUUUCGUUAAGAGAAUUCGAUCGUUAGACGUUCGUUCAUGAUUUUCAUCGGUACACGAUCGCGAGUCUAAUAUCGUUUCGAUAGACAAAGGAACGUUGGUCGAUGAUUCAUUCAACCGAGCGAGCAUAACCGCUUCGAGCCUUGCGAUGGAAGAAGGCUUGUGACGAAUCAGAGAAACCGAGCCGACGUCCAGUUCCGAGCACCGUCGUAAUUAAUUCGCGGGUAUUCGCGAUCGAAGACUGCGUUCGUCUCCCUCUUAAUAAAUUUAAAUAAACGCUGCGUGAAUUAUUCGAGGGAAAGGAAAUAUCUCGGCCGAGUAUUCGUCACGAAAAUUGUUCGAUAGAGAGGGAACGAAACGGUGAUCGGUUCUCUCGCGUGUGUGUUACCCGUUGAAAUAAAAGCAUAGAUAAACGCGAGAAACUCGGGCUGGACGGAAACAACACGAUGUCUUCCUCCUCGUGAGCGUAGGAUGGGGAGGCAUCGCGAAAGUAGAUAAUUUCAAUCCUCUGGACCGAUUGAACCAGCGAAUCCCUCCCUACGACGAGAAAAAGCUAAAAUAUGUCUGUACAAUACGCGAAUAAUAAUAGUAA